GCAGGAACAGAGUCUCCUGCUCCUAUUCGAGCUCUCCACUUCAGCUUCAUAAUCAAUCACAGUGGGGGCAACGACACGAAGAAUAAUUUUUCCGAUCCAGAAAUGACGAGACGGUCACGAAUCCUCUGCGCCUGCGCAACCCUAGCCUUGCUAUUGCUCUCGUCGGCGGCGGCGGCCUCGGCCGACGUGGUCGUUCUGACGGAGGACAAUUUUGACAAGGAGGUCGGCCAAGAUCGAGGCGCCCUCGUCGAGUUCUACGCUCCUUGGUGUGGGCACUGUAAAAAGCUUGCUCCAGAGUAUGAGAAGCUUGGUGAAAGUUUCAAGAAGGCAAAAUCAGUUCUGAUUGGAAAGGUGGACUGUGAUGAGCAUAAGAGUGUCUGUAGCAAGUAUGGUGUUUCUGGAUACCCCACCAUCCAAUGGUUUCCUAAAGGGUCUUUGGAGCCUAAAAAGUAUGAAGGCGCACGUAGUGCAGAAGCCCUUGUUGAGUUCGUGAACAACGAAGGAGGGACUAAUGUUAAGAUAGCUGCAAUCCCCUCAAGUGUAGUGGUACUAACACCUGAUAAUUUUGAUGAGCUUGUCCUGGAUGAAACGAAGGAUGUUUUGGUUGAAUUUUAUGCACCCUGGUGUGGCCAUUGCAAAAGCCUUGCUCCUACUUAUGAAAAGGUUGCAUCAGCAUUUAAGCUUGAGGAAGAUGUAAUAAUUGCAAAUCUUGAUGCUGACCAACACAAAGAUCUGGCAGAAAAGUAUGGUGUGAGUGGCUUUCCUACCUUGAAGUUCUUUCCUAAAGGCAACAAAGCUGGUGAGGAUUAUGAUGGUGGCCGAGAUUUAGAUGACUUUGUAAAUUUCAUCAAUGAGAAUUGUGGUACUAGUCGUGAUGCAAAGGGACAACUUACUGACAAAGCUGGUAUAAUUGAGACUUUGGAUGCAUUGGUGAAGGAGUUUGUUACCGCCAGCAGUGAGGAGAAGAAAACAGUUUACGGCCGGAUGGAGGAGGAAGUUGAGAAGCUGAAGGGUUCUGCCGCAAGAUAUGGAAAGAUAUACUUGAAAGCUGCCAAGAGCUGUUUGGAAAAAGGUGCUGAUUAUGCCAAUAACGAAGUCCAGCGGCUGGAACGCAUGCUAAAGAAGGUAAGCUUUGCUUUACCUGAUUAUGUGGUGGUUGUCUGCAAAAUGCAAAAUACUGUGAGAAAUUGCAUUUUGCUUUCAUUUUUGAGGAAAACAUUUCUUUUAGGAGCUCCUUCACUUAAUUGAAGGCUGCUUUUGCCAUCCAAGAAGGCUGUGGAAAUAGCUGUCACCAUAAGGCUAAGGCUGUGUUUGGAUGUGUAUUUAUGGAGGGAAAGAAAUGGAUUUGUGAAGCUGGUUUUUCCCCUCUUCUCCCUUUCCUUUUGUUUGCACUCUACAAAUCCUUAUAUCCAAGGUCCAAACACAGCCUAAAUGUUUGUUUUCUUGUCGAUCCAAGAAAAUUAUAGAAACAGCAGGUUGGCCAUGAUGGCAAUGCUCGAUAUUUUUUAUUAUUAAACUUGAAACACAUUUUGGUUAUUAGGGCCACAUUUGUACAACGCUUGUCCACAUCAAUUUUCUGGAAACUCAUCUAUGUUUUCUUUCACUAUUUGUGUUUUGUAACUUUUGUUGGUGCAGACCAUUAGUGCUGCAAAAGCUGAUGAUUUUACGCUCAAGAAGAACGUCCUAUCUGCUUUUGCUUGAACCUUGAGGUUAUUUGCAGCCUUGUUUUUAUGGCUGGGAGUAUAGCCAAGUUUUUCUUUAGCUUGGGGAAUAUAGCCAAUUCCAAUGCUUUUAUUGCGCAUCUUCUCGACAACUUUUUGGAAUACAGGCUUCUAUCACUUCAGAGAGAGGUCUAUCAUUUUAGAGAGAGGUCAUUCGGUGUUGCUGUUGCCAAUGUUGUUACAUUUUUGUCGGUUUCUCAUUGUUAUCAACACCGUGAUAGAAAAAAUCACAUUAGCCACUAAUGCAUGGAUCUUGUCUUAGAAUGAUUGUCUUUGCCCGUGUAAUCUUGAUUUUCCUGAAAAUGGAUAGGUGAUCAUACUUUUAUCUUUGCUGUGCUAGUGCUGAAAGGUUGUGGAACAAAAGUGGGUUCUUGUUUGUAAGUUUCACACAAAUUUAAGUGAAUUUUCAGUUACUUUGGCUACAAA